AUGGCCGACGCCGCGACGUCCCCGCCGGAGCCGAGGGAGAUCCGCAUCCGCGUCCGGCAGCAAGAGCCGGAGGGGCAGCACGCCCUGACGGUCCCGAGCGACGUCGAAGUCACGACGCUGAAGUCCUCGAUCGAGACCGCGUGCGGCGUCCCGUCCGCGCGCCAGCGCCUCAUCUGCCGCGGCCGCGUCCUCAAAGACACGCAGCGACUGUCCGAUCUGCGCGUGGAAGACGGGGACACGCUCCUCCUCGUCUCGCGCCCUCCGGACGUCGUCGGCGACGCGCGCAACGACGACAUCGACCACGCGGCCGCGACGCAGCGCGCGGCGGCCGCCGGGGACUUCAUCCGCAUCCCCGCGGGGAGCAACGUGCAGCUCGGAAGCGUGUCGCUGCCGACGUCGGCGCUCGGGGGCGCGCAGAUCAACGCCAUCGUCGGCGGCAUCUUGAACGAUAUCGGCGGCGGCGGCGACGCCGCGGCCGCGAUGGCGGCCGCGCAGGCCGCGGGCAUCACCCCGGAGUCGAUCGCCGCGAUGACGGACGGGUCGUCGAUGUCGUUCGAGGUGACGAUCGGGCCAGACGGGGCGCCGCGCGUGGUGCGGCGGCCGGAUCCCGCCGACGCCGACGCCGCCGCCGGCGGCGGCGGCGAGAGGCGGACGGUGACGUUCGAACGCGCGCCGUACGAUCCCGCCGCGGUCAUCACCGCGCACGUGGCCGCGUUGACGCGCGCGCUGGUGGACAUGGACGCGGACGACGCGGGCGGGUCGUUCGCGAGCACUCCGGGCGGAGGACCGCCAACGGAGGCGCCGGCGGCGGAAGCGCCGGCGGCGGAGGCGCCGGCGGCGGAAGCGACGGCGGCGCCUCUCUCGGCGACGCCGGACGCGCGGAACUCGCACGCGGGCGUGCAGUGCGACGCGUGCGGGAUCAUGCCGAUCACGGGCGAGCGCUACAAGUCCAUCGCGGAGGGGGACUACGACCUGUGCGCGGCGUGCCACGACUCCGGGAGAGGGACGCAAGCGCCGCACGCGCCCUUCGCGCGUCUGCCGCUGCCGCUGCCGGGGAUGAUGCCGCCGCCGACGUCCGCGCCGCGGGUCGUCGUGGACGCGAACCGAGCCGAGGCGUCGCCGGAGGUGGGGGGCGUCGCGGCGGCGCAGGCGACGGCGACGGCGCCCGCGGCGGCGGGGACGGAGACGCGAACGCAAACGCAAACGCAAACGCCGCCGCCGCCGAUCGUUCGACGCGUCCCGCCGGUGGUGACGUCCGCCGAGGUCUCGAACUUGCUUCGAACCGGCGCGGACGUCGUCGAGCGCGCGAUGCCGCGGAUACGAACCGCCGCGAGCGACAUCGAGGCUGCCGCGAGCGCGUCGCGUAUGGACGCCGACGCCGCGCGAGGACAGAGCAGCGCGCUGCGAGCGGCGAUGACGCUGCACAACGCCGGGUCUUUGCUCAUGGACCUCGCGCGGAUGGCGAUGAGCGUGCAGUUGAACGGCGACGUCGCGGCGCCGCCGCCGUUCCUCUCGACGGAGUCGUUCCUCGCGGGAGGGGCGAUCGGCGCGGGAGAGGCGACGAACGCCGCGGACGCGACGACCUCGACCGAGACGGACGCGGAGGCGACGGAUCCCUUCUCCGCGAGCGGCCCGACGACGACGCGGAUGACCCCGGUGGCGGCGAACGCUCCGGACGACUCCAACUUCCUCGCGCCCGCGCUGAUGUACUUGGACCCGCGCGGCGGGACGCAGCCGCUGAGUGGGCUCGGGAUGCGGCCGUCCGUGCGAAGCGCGGGCCUGAGCGACCUCUUGGGCGGCGGCGGCGGCGGCGGCGGCGCACACGGCGGGCUGAGCGCGCAGCUGUCCGGGCUCGCCGGGCUCUCUGGGUUCGCCGGGAUAGGAGACACCGCGGAGGCGGCCGCGGCCGCGGCGCUCGAGCGAUGGGCGCGCGAGGGGUUGAUGGACAGCGCGAACAGGACGGCGCCCGCGGCGUCCGCGCCAGCUGUGCGUCCGCCGCCGGCGCCGCCGCCCGUCGAUCGUCAGCUCCGCGCGGCGCAGCGCGCCGCGCGCGACGCGCGAGAGGCUGUCGCUGGCGCGUGGUCGGACGGCCAGACCCCCCCCGACGCGUUGCGACAGAUGCUGUCUCAGCUCGAGUCGCAGCUCGAACGCCUCCAGCGGCGGCACGACCAGGCGGCGACGGCGAUGCACGCGGCGCUCGCCAUCCGCGACGGAGGCGGCGCCGGCGGCGCCGCCGCGCCCUCGCCCGCGCCGCGGUCCUACCCGCCCGCGCCGGCGCGUCCCGGCGGCACGUCGCAGUACCCCCCGCCGCCGCCCGGCGGCGUUCGCCUAAACUCUAACUCGGCGCGUCGGCGUCGCGCGAGUCCCUCGACGCGCACGACGUCGGACGCGCAGACGCCGCCGCCGCCGCCCACGGCGGACACGUCCACGGGGAUGCGCACGCCGCCGAACGAGGAGGAGGAGGCGUCGGCGGGAUCUGGAUCCGGGACUACUAAUCGUCGUCGAUCCUCGGCGGAGCGCGAGGAAGAGGACGCGAGACGACGACGAAGACGCGAGGGGAGAAGAGGGCCGCUCGGUUUCCUCGCGAACGUUUUCGACGCCGUCAGAGGCGGCGGCGCGAGGCGCGACCGCGAGCGGCCGCGACGCGCGGCGGCGUCGGUGAAGCGGAGCCAAGGGACGCAGGCGUCGCCCGCGGUCGCGACGGACGACACGCAGACGCAGAGCGCGCGGAUGGACUCCGUGAGCACGAACACGACGGCCGCGGCCGCCGCGACGGAUCCGCCGCGGUCGUCGUUUCGGUUCGAGUUCAACGCCAACACGCUCGGCGGCGACGCCGCGCCGCCGAGCGUGUUGGCGGCCGCCGCCGCCGCCGCCGCUGCGAGCUCGACGACGGCGCCCGCGAUCGCGAACGGCGGCGUGACACACACAACGAGCGUGGAUUCGAACGGACGCGUGGUGCACAGGUUCCAGACGGUGACGGUCUCGCGCGCGCCGUCGGCGGCGCCGGCGCCGGCGGCGGAGGGGGAGGGGGAGGGGGCGCGAGACGCGCCGCCGCCGCCGCCGCCGCCGCGAGCGUCCGAAUCCGCGGAUUCGUCGGGGACGAUCCCGGAGGCGUUCCAGCAGAUGAUGAGCGCGGUGCUCGGGAGCCUCGACUCCGCCCGACAGCAGCAGCCCGCGCCGGAUCGGCGACCGGCGGAGGGAGGAUCGGCCGAGGGGUCGGCUCCCGCGCCGCAGAUGUUCCAGGAGCUGAUGAGCACCCUGCUGAAUAACCUGCAGGACGUCACCGGCGGCGCGGCGACCGACGGCGCGCGGCCGACGACGCAGCGGCUUCGGCUCGUGCCCGUCCCCGGCGGCGGGUACACGCUCGCGCCCGAGGCGGCGCCCGCGUCCGCGUCGGCGUCCGCGUCGGCGUCCGCGUCCGCGCCUCCUCCUCCCGACCCCGCCCCGGUCGUCGCCGCCGCGGACAUGGAACCGGACCCGCCGUCGCCGCCUCCGUCGCCGCCUCCGACGACGACGUGGACCGAGGCCGUGGACGACACCCCGCCGGCGCUUCCCGAGGCGAGCGACGCGUCGGUUGACGUUCCGUCUUCUUCCCCCGAGCGCUCGACGGCGGCGGCGGCGGCGACGACGACGACGCGCGUCGCGGACGCGCGAGAGGCGGCGGCGGCGGCCGCGGAGGCGCGCUUGGCCGCGGCGGGGACGCCGGAGCCGAACGAGGAGACGCAUGAGGUCGCGCGCGGGCUCGGGAUGCAGCUCCCGGCGCGACGGGCGGCGAGGAAAUCGCCCUCGACGCACCCUCAGGCGCCGUUGGACUGA